AUGGAUGGGGACAGGAGGCUGGUGCAGACUUUGUUGGAGAGGCUUUCAGCGAGGGUAUAUCUUUGACUCCUACCUUCUACUGCGCACCCGAUACGCUGCGGCUCAUCGAAGAGAGAGAGAGAGAGUUGUUCGACUGAUCAUUUGCUGCGCAGCUUCCCUUUCGGACCGGAGAUGACUUGAGCGAUGUUAGACGUGAUGAAGUAAUCGCCUUGGCUCGGGGCUCGCUGAUUGAGCUGGCAAAGGCCCAGAUCGAUAUUGUCGUUGACAGCAUCGCCAAGCACCUAGAGUCCAUUUCACGGGUAUGUCUAAUUUAAUAGAGCUCUUUCUAUAUCUUCAGCGUGAGGUGUGCUGAGAUGGGUAUCUCCUUGAUGUGUAGGGCUUUGGUGAUCUCGCCCCCAGGGGUAGGCCUUUCGUACUCCUCACCCAAACCUACUUGGUUGAAGUUCUCGCCGACUGCACGGGCGCUCAUUGGGACUCUAUCGACGCUGUGCAUCGAGGGGCAAUGGAGGAGAAGGCCCCACUCACGGAACCAUUACGGAAUCUGGGGAUUUCAACGAGGAAGACACGGAGAAGGGAAAGGGAGCCGCCGCCACUAGACGAUAUACAAGCUAAAUAUGUUCUGGAAUUGCUUUUACGACUGACGGCAAACCCGCUAGUGGACGAUGGGCACAGCUCAUCUGUGGGGAGAAGGGAGAAUAAUAAUAAUACCCAGUCGGAGGAGCGUAGUCUUGACGGGCUUCCCAGGAAGGCCAGUGAUCUCGAACGUGCGUCGUUCAGGGUGAUCGAGUAUCUUAGCGCUUCGAAUUGGGCCUUGGUGUUCCACACCAUGUCUCAAAGGUUGAAGUUCUUGCGAACGACCCCCUCCGAUGAUAGCGAUGCGAGCGGCCUCCAAUUCAUUGCUCACAUGUGGAUUAAUCAGGAGAAGCUGUCACUCAUUAUUAAGGAAAUUAGCGGCAGUUUCCUUGCGUUACGGAAGCCUGCGCAAAACAUGCUGGCGGCGCUGUUACCAGAGACCAUUCAUCGGUGGAUCGAAGCUCAUCCGAAAGACUUCGUUGACCUACAUGUAAAUGAUAGGCGACUUGAAAAGGGUGUAGAUAACUUAUUCGACAUCGCUACAUCCCUUGCUGACGGUGCGAAGCGACGGGCUAUCAUCUGGCCGCUUCAAACAGCUCUCGUACUUCUUUUACCGGACGUCUUCUGGACUGUGGAGGUGCGGAGUGACCAGCGGGGAAGUCUGUCCAAAAAGGUUGCCUUCUUAAAUGAUCUCCGGCGUUCUCUGCGGCUUCCAAGGACUGCAGACAUUGCUGCAUCAUGUCUUAUCAUCAUGUGCCGUGCUGGUAGCCUCUUUCCAGCUGAAUCGGAGAGCAAUCUUCUGAGCUUUGCGUUAGACGUGCAGAAUGAGGUGACAGAGGAAAUAUUCCGACGACAUCAACUCGGUGAUGAUCUCAGUGUCGAUAGAGACAUCAUGAUAAAGGCGUUUGUGAGUUCGGCAAGACUGGGCGUAGAUAGCGUUGUCGAGAGCUUGUUACCAAGGUGUUUGGAUAAAAAUUCGCCAAUCACCUUCAAGAUUACGGUCUUCGCUGGGGUGGCUGUGUUGGCGUCGCAGGUAUGGGGAUUCUGUGGAUAUCGUGAGUUGGCGGUGAGUUCCGGUUCCGGUUGCUGAUUCCAGUCUGGCUUUAGAAUAAUGCGGAAGAUUUCAACGCGUUAUAUUAUGCGAUCGCACCUGAUGUGCGGGAACUCGUUAUUGUAUGCUGUCCUUCCUCUCUCACCCGUUAUGCGUUGCAAUCUAAUGGCCAACUAGAAUAUCGCUUCCACUCGACAUGCCAAUAGCAGCAUUACGAAUGGAUCCUCUCUGGCUGGGAGUACCCUGAGUUCGCAGACCCGACAUAAGAAUUUGUCCACCGAUAGCAUUGGGUCAUCCGAAUUGCUUUAUCAGUUGUUGGAACUUCUUAAAAUCCGUCCGUUGUUGAUGUACGAGAAUUUGGAUGCGGGCGCCGAGGAAUGGGAUCGAUUAGGAGAUAGGGUGAUCAGUAGUCUUCUGAGGCUCAUAUACGACGAUGACGAAUUUGUUAGGCAUUCCGCUGUGGUGUUUGCCAGAAGGCUCUUGAGUCCGGAAGCUUUUCAGAUGACCACAGACAUGCGAUUGGGUCAAGGGGCGAUCAGUGUGCUGAACUUCUUCUGGAAAGCGACGUUAGUUUCCCCAAAUUACACCUGGAUCUGACGGGGCUAAGCAAUAAUGUGGUGUAUAGAUCUGCAAUUGUAGCUACUUUGUCAAAGAAGCUACUGGAUUUUGAUUUCCAAGAACCAGCAUUGAAGAGCCUAUUGGAGCUGGUUCACGGAUAUCUGGAAACCAGAGUCAGCAUCAUUUCUUCUAGAAAGGUGACUUUUGCUUCUGGCACACAAGUAUCUUCGCCAACAAAGACUGAAUUUUUGGAAAAGGACAUCACGGAGAGCAUCACAGAUAUCCCUGAACGCGCCAUCGCCAACGUAUCGCUCGAGGUGUCACUCUUGGUCCUGCUGUGCUCUAGCGAUCUCGAUAUAUGCUCUAUCACAACACAUGCUAUUGCCCUUCUUUGCGAAGAGGGGCGUUUAACCGAGAAUCCCGACGAUCUGGCGAGGAGUAAUUUGACAGUCAUGCGCAACUUUCCUGUAUACUCCGAAUUAUCUUUACAGACCUUUAGAAUCACAGGCCCUGUAGCAUUCCAGAAGCGAUUGAGGAGACUGCUGACAAGAAUGAACAUGCCUGGCCCAGGGAUCCUUACAGCUUGGGAAGCAGUUUUCACGAGAUGGCGGACACUUUCAAAACAUAUCCUUUCCCCCGGUGUAGCAAGUGCUGGUGGAAUAGAUGAUGGGAUAUUCGCCGAGUGGAGAAAUUAUUCAGGCUUCUUAGCAUCAAUUGCGGGAUGCUGCAUUGCGGAUUUGCCGCACCAACUCCGCACAGAAGACUCGACGACGUCAGGCCUGCGUUGGAUCGAUCGCCUUGCCAGUGACGGUGACCAAAUGAGCCUGUUGGAACGAUUCAUGAAGCAGUGCUUGCAAUUACUGGUGUGCAAGCUCGUCAAUGUGCGGGAGAAUAUCAGAGAGGUUCUCGGCACUGAGUUGAAUCCCCGGCUCUACCUCCAGCUAUUCAGAAGCUUAGAGACGGAGUUCAGUAUUUUGUUUGACCUUGGCUUCAAGGACACUCAGAGUGAGAACCGGACGUUAUUUGCGGAGCAAGCCUGUAGUCUGCUGAAGACUAUUGUGGAGAGACUGGAGGAUGCUCAGGAUAUGUUUCUUACAGUCGACUUGGGAGCACUGACAUUGAGCCUUGCGAGAUACCUAAACACACUCAAGGAGGAUUACACUACGUUGAGGGUCAAGAUUAGGAUGUGUCAGUUGGUGGAGCUCGUCGCGAGGAAAAAGGAACUUGUGAAUCUCAGACAGGAUAUUAGAGUACGAAAUAAUUUGCUGCAGAUUCUUAGCGAGUGGAUGCCUCGUCCUGCGAAGGUAAGCCUUUCAUCUGCUCCUCCAAGAUGGUUUCUCAAUCGCUGAUGUAGUAGGAGACGAACUAUCCCAUCAACCCUCGCAAAGAUGAGCUUAUACGCCCACAACGUGAUCUCGACCGUGCUUGUCUCAAAGCCCUUGUAAAUUUGCUUCACCGUCUCCCAUUACAGCCUCCGGAGACAGCGCAUGAUAGCGCGGAUGUGGUUGAUGCUCGCUCACAGAUUUUCUGCAGCUAUUUCACCUUGUUCCUCUCGUUGCUGGACUGUAGCCAGCUUGAGGGCGAUAGGAGACGCGAAUGGCAAACUGUCUCAUUAGCUAAAGAUGAUGCUAGCAGCUUCCAAGACCUUGCGAUCCAAGCAUUGAGUAACUUGCUUAAUGCGAACGUAGAUGUCGGCUUGAAGUUCAGUUUGGAGAUUGGCUACCAUGACGAUUUACAGACAAGGACUGCCUUCAUGCAUGUGCUCACUAAUAUCUUAACCCAGGGAACUGAAUUUGGGGCAUUAGGCGAUUCGGCUAUCGGCGAGAAGUACGAGAAGCUGAUUGAUGUGAGUUCUGUGACCAGCUGGUACAAAUGGGCAAAAGGAAUGCUAAUCGGGGAAAUUUAGCUGCUCGUGAAUGACCUCCAGUUUGCCUUGGCUUUGUGUGACAGUUGCCCCAGCAGUGAGGUUGACGAAAUGAGCAUUGCGUUGCUUAACAUCUUUGAUUCGCGAGGUCUGGGAUUGACUCUAUUGAAGGAGCUCAUCGAACAAGAGGUUGUAAAUACAGGUCAGCUUCACACCACGUCUUCCGGGGGCUAUAUGUGAUUGCAGUUAACGCUGUAACAGAAAGUGAAUCGGAGCUUCUCCGAAGGAAUUGCGUGGCGACAAAAAUGCUAUCCGUCUUUGCCAAAUGGAAGGGAUCGGAAUAUUUGCGCAAUGUUCUCCAGAAGGUCCUCCAGCGAGUGAUCGUUUCGUCUGAUAAGCUUGGUCUAGAACUCGACCCAACAAGGACUCCUUCGACGGAAGAGCUACGCCGGAAUGAGUUGCAACUACGAUACAUCACCAAGGUGUUUAUCGACGAAAUCUGUAAAUCCGCGAACAUCGUCCCAAAUUCUUUCCGAUGGAUCUGCCACACUAUCACUACCUGCGUAACCUCACGCUUCCCGGAGGCAAAGUUCACCGCUGUCGGCGCGUUCAUAUUUCUUCGAUUCUUCUGCCCGGCAAUUGUCGCACCCGACUCGGAAGGCCUCGUCCAGAGCAUCCCAAACAAGGAGAUGCGGAGAGGCCUGCUGCUGAUUGCUAAGAUUGUGCAGAACCUUGCCAACAAUGUCUUGUUCGGGGCUAAAGAGCCUUACAUGAUCCCACUUAACGACUUCCUCACGUCAAAUAUCUGUGCGGUCACGGCGUUCCUCCGCGAGAUUUCUAGCCUACCGAAGAAGCAGGAGCCGGUGGUUGCACAGGAGUCCUUCGAUUUUGGCAGUAGUGUUGCCCUUCAUAGAUUCUUGUAUGAUCACUGGGAGAUUGUACGACAGAAGCUCAUUUUUCAAGAGAAGCACAAGGCCAGGCUGAAUGGGGAGAAGAGCUUUUCUGCGGAUGCUGGGCCGUCGAACUUGCAGUUAUCUGUUACAAAAUUCUCUGGCCUGAUCAGCACCCUGGGGGCUCCGCCGUUGGACAUCAGUUUGGGAAGACCGACACUCACGGGGAAUAUUCAACCAGCGUACAGCAGAUAUCAGCAUUUCAUGCUAAGGAACUCUGGCAGAAGUGUGGAGAGUAUUCUUGCCGCUAGAAUCGUUUACGAUGGUGGAGAGACUAAAGAUAACAUGCCGGUUAUCUGCUUCGUGCUGAGGAAUAUCAAUAUUGCAACUGUGGAUCCUGAUCUGCUGAUAUACUGCUAUCUGAAGGUUUGCUAUUCCACUCACUAUCGUUUCCUGGCUGGCGCUGAUGUUUGAUGGCAUAGAUUGCGAGCAGGAUGUGGAACAAACCCUUCGCGGUGCUCAUUGACGCUACUUGCUAUAGCCUGAACAAUGAGAUGCCAGACGAGCUCUACAAGAAGAUUGACAGCCUUAUGCCCCCGGAGAUGGUCAAGAAUUAUAGUAGGUUGUACAUCUACAACAUGAACACUGCUUUCCGCAAGUUUUUCCGCCGGCAAUUACGUUAUGCCGUUCGCGAUGAGGCUAAUGCCUGGAAUCCGAACAAUAUCGACUUUAUCAUGUUGGGCAGUCUUGCGGAGUUACAACAGCAUUUCAAUCUUGGCUCUCUACAUCUUCCCAAGGAAACAAUGAGCUUUCUUAGCGAUCCUCGGUAUAUGUACCAUCAUAUCACUCGGCUAUCGAAGACCAAGGGCAAAAUAGAGGUGGUAUUCAAAAUUGGCGCUCAGUACAUCCAGAUCACGCCGACAAAGAAGCAGGAAAUUGUCGCUGGGUUGAAGAUGUCUGCUAUCAUAAAUGAUAUCUUCCGAUUGAAUGAUGUGGAGGAAGCUAACGCAUCCUUCCACACCGACGAGGAGAACGCUUUCGGAAUUAAGACCGAUAACGGGAAGCUUACCAUGUUCUUCUCUAGCCCAAAGAGGAGUGAGAUUGUUCAAACUCUCAAAAACUCAAAGUCGAAGUACUCCAAGGAUAACAGGCCUUCAAAGCUCAGUGAGAGGACGAUAAGGCCAGAGGAUGUUCCUGGAACUUUGUUAAACAUCUCUCUGAUGAACAUUGCCAGCUAUGACCAGUAUCUGAGGUUGGCAGCAUAUAACCUCCUCUGCGCGCUGUGCCAGGCUUUCGGGUUCGGCCUGGACAGGCAAUUCGUCAGCGCGAAAGGUUUGAGUAUCCCGACGGACCCGGUGACCCUGAUUGUAGGUGUGAGCGAGAAGUUGGCCGCAGCAGAGCCACGGCUGACAUUCGACUUCUUGUCUGAAUUCUUCGUUGGUUGGGAGAAAUCGCAUCCCCAACAGCGACCGCUGAAUAUCCUGUAUAUGGCGCCCUGGUUAGCAAAUCUUCACUCACAGGUGCUUAUGGGUGGGGAGGAUCCUGAGCGCGGGAAAGAACGCCUGGCAACCAUCGCAAGGAAGAUGAUUGAUAUUACGGUGCGGGAACCAAGACUUUAUACUUCUUUCCAGCAAAACGCCUGGCGCAUCAUUAGUAAGGAUGAGGGCCUACUGGAUGUGUUCUUGGAUGAAUUGGUUAAAUCGGCAAUGAACUUUGGGUUUGGAUCGGAGGGGGCGGAAACGAUUGGUUCUAUCGCAUCGAGUUUCGGGACUCUGACUAUCCGAGGGAAGAUUAUUGCUAGGAUCCGGAAGGUUCUCAAUAGAUCAUCACUAAGGCCGAUGAGACAUCUAGUGGACAAUAUUGUUUGGAAUGAGAUUUGCGUUUUGCUGAGACUUUGCCUUGCCAUCUCUUUUGAUAGUAGGGUUCAAGCGCAAAUGUAUCUUCCCGAGCUCUUUCAUAUCAUCACGAUGGUCGUCAAUUGCGGAUCCAUCCUCGUGAGGUCUACGGUGCAUAGCUUACUGGUUAACACGGUUCACUCGAUAUGUGUUUCGUUCCCGUUGGAGGAUGCGAAAUUGACGCAGUUGAAGGGGAUACUGACCAGCUUAUCAGAGCCAAAGCUCUGUUUGCUAUUCAGCUUGAACAGGCCGACCAGUAGGGAUGCCUUAGCAAUCCAAGAACAAAGAGGCUCGGAAACUACUACUGCUACGUCUAUGGAGUUGAUCACCAACCUGCUAUUGGAGAUUGUAUCCGUCGCCGCACCGUCAACCGAUAUGGCGAACAUAUGGCGGGCGCGGUGGAUGAGCCUCGUCGCAAGCACAGCUUUCCAGAGCAACCCAGCAAUCCAAUCUCGUGCGUUCGCCGUCAUGGGAUGCCUCGCUCGGGAAGACGUCGAUGACGAUCUACUCUACCAGGUACUCGUAGCUUUGCGCGGAGCCCUAGCCAGAUACUCCGAAAGUGGAGAUCAUGAGAUGCUAACCAGCAUUGUCACGAGUCUGACUAAGAUGAUGGAAAACCUUCAACCGACCUCCCGCUACCUCUACCAACUAUUCUGGCUAGCUAUGUCACUCGUCCGCGUCGGCCAUGGACAAGUCUUCACCUGUUCCGCAAGUCUCCUAGAAGCAACCCUAAAGACCAUCGCCUCAUCCGGCGAGUUCAAGGACAACCGCAUGGUCCCGGUACUCCUACAAGGGCGCAGCCAACUCGAAGAAGCCACGGCCGCAAUCGACGACAUCUACAACAUCAAGUUCAACCCAGAAAGCUUCCACUUUGCCGUCUGCGCAACAUUGACCAAAGGGCUACAAGACCCAUCCACAAAGCCCUCAGCCCUGCGCACGCUCACCGCUUUCCUAGAAGUAAUAUCAGUCAACGCCCCAGAGAACUCACAAUGGGGCAUCGAUGUGCCCGUACCGCCCUACCUCUCCAUAGUGCUAACCCGCACAACUAGCAUAUCAGAGAUGAAAGAAGUCCUCUGGAUAACCGGAAUUGCGCUAGCUGAGGAAGACGCGGCCAUGGAUAGCGGCGGCAGCAGCGGCAGUGGUAGCGGUUAUGACACAUACAUGAAGCUGACGCCAAUGAUAGACGCCAUGUCCGAGCAGAACCUGCUGCUCAUUGGUGCCCUCGCCGUUGUUGACUUUCGCUCGUGCGAGGAGAGCAUACAAAAGUUCACGCUCGCCCUCUUCACGCGCAUGGCCGAGCGCCGUCCGGAGGUGCUCGUGCUACUCUACGACCAUUUGCUGGAAUAUCUGGACGAGGUGCUCAAUAGCUCACACAACCCCAUGCUCCUGAAGGAGGCGAAUGCGCUCAUGUGCGUUGUUAGCAUGGACUCUAGAUUCGCGAAUCGCGGCUCUGCGGCGAAGGAGACGCUCGCGUAUCGCCUUGCCCGGUGGGGCCUGAGCGGGAUUUGGACCGCGACGAGUUUUAGAAGUACCAAGGAGUUUGAGAAGAGGUGUGCUGGGUUGACGGAUAGGUUGAUUGAGGUUUGCAUUUCGUGAUCCUUCGCUUUCUUUUUCCUUUGCUUGUUUGCUGCUUGUUUGCUGCUUGAUUGGUGGUGUCGGUGGGGCGGGGGGGGCUAAUUUAUUGUAUGUAUGAUAGUAUAUCAUUAUUUGAUUGAUCUCAAUCAAAUGUCUAUCUAGUGCGGUUUCUUCCCCCCCCCCCCUCCUCUCUCUCCUUUCUUUCU